UUGCCUCCUGGCCCUCCCAAGGAUAUCUUGAUAGUACACGCGCGAAGAAUACCGUUCUAUAAGGGAUGGGAGGUGUACACAAAGUGGAAGGAACUAUACGGAGAUGUGAUUUACACCCAAGCCUUUGGCCGGUCCGUGGUUGUCCUUAAUUCAAUUACCUCUGCUCGCGACCUCUUAGAAAAGAAGAGUAGUAUAUUCUCAGACAGACCAUAUUUGCCGGUCUUU